AUGAAGAUCAACCAGAAUACAGUAGCUAUUUCGACAAGCAAGGCCUUGCUCGUCCCAUACGAAGCACACCAUGUGCAACAAUACCACGCAUGGAUGCAAGAUCCAGACAUUCAAGAAGCUACAGCUUCAGAGCCGAUGACUUUGGAUGAAGAAUAUGAGAACCAACAAUCAUGGCGCACAUCAUCUGAUAAACUCACCUUUAUCGUCUGCGCACCCACUCAAGAAGCACCGAUUAAAGCUGGUACAGCAGACGCAGAUGCCCUUAUGCGCGGAGACAUCAACUUCUUCCUAUAUCCCUACGAAAGCGAUGAUGAAGAUGAAUCAGCAGAUGCGGGCUGGGUUACUGGCGAAGUAGACGUCAUGAUCGCCUCACCAUCGCAUCGCGGACAGGGUCUUGGUCGAGCAGCAGUUUGCGCACUACUUGUGUAUAUCCGAAAGCACAUCGAUGGAAUACUUGCCGAGUAUGGAGCGAAAGAACUGAAGGGGUUGAUGGUGAAGAUCAAGGAGGGGAAUAAGGGCAGUCGAGCUUUGUUUGAGAAGUUGGGUUUUGUGCAGAAGGGAGAGGUGAAUUACUUUGGUGAGAUUAUGAUGACUAUUGAGUGGGAGGAGGUUUUGAAGAGAGAUUGGUGGAAGGGGGCUGAAGAGGAGUUUACGGAAGUGAAGUAUGAACUGGACAGCAAGUGA